CUGGCGGCCUGCUCCAGUCUCCCGGUGGCGAGGACAGCGAGCCGCUGGACCCCUGCCGCGCGCCGCCGCCGCCGGUUCCCUGGCAACCUCCCGCGGAAUCCAGCCCAGGCUCCUUCCUCUCCCUCCCACCCGCCGCCAGGGGCUGGAGGAGGAGGCAGCCGAGCCCCAUUAUAAAAAGCGGCAGAGCUCCGGCGGCGGCGAAGGGACACACUGAGCUCCCACGCGGGGACCCAGCCGCCUGCCCUGACCCGGGCCCGGACCCUCGCCCGCCUCUGCCAUGGCUCCGUCGCCUCUCUCCUGGCUGCUGCGCUUGGCCACGCUCUGCCAUCUGACCCUCCUGCUGGCCGGACAGCACCUCGGCGUGAUGAAGUGUGACGUCCCCUGCACCAAGAUGACCUCGAGGAUCCCCGUGGCUCUGCUCAUCCACUAUCGGCAGAACCAGGAGUCCUGCCCCAAGCGCGCUAUCGUCUUGGAGACCAGACAGCACAAACUCUUCUGUGCCGACCCAAAGGAGAAAUGGGUCCAAGAAGCCAUGGAGCAUCUAAACCGCAGGGCUGCUGCUCAGACUCAAAAUGGCGGCACCUUUGAGAAGCAAAUUGGCCCAGUGAAGCCGGCAACCACCCUGGCCAGCACCGGGGGACAGUCCCAUCCUGCAUUGUCUGAGCCCAAAACCACAGGGGGAAGCAGUAGUUUGGAGAUGACUGCUUCUUCCCAGGAGGCCCAGAGGCCCUUGGGGACUUCCCCAGAGCUGCCAGUGGGAAUGACUGAAUCCUCAGGGACCAGGUCACCCCCCCCUUUGAGGGCUCAGGAGGGAGAGCUUCCUGUUGGGCCUGAGAUCACGGAGCUGCUCAACGCAGCUGUGGCCGCCACUGUUGCUUGGCAGAGCAAACCUGGGCCCGACGGAAAGGCCACUGAGGCCCCCUCCACCCAGGUCCUCUCCACGGAGCCCCCCUCGACUCAGACCCCCAGCAUUUCAUACCUAGCCCCAGAGGAGGACCUUGGGUCUGAAGGCCAGCCCACGCCGGCCAAGGGACAGAGCCCUGGUAGUCCAGAGACCGCUCUAGGGCCUGAGGAGACGGGUCCUGUUCCAGCUCACACGGAUACCUUCCAGGACUGGGGUCCUGGCAGCACGGCCCAAGCUUCUGUGGUCCCUGUCUCCUCUGAAGGGACCCCCAGUCGAGAACCAGUGGCUUCAGGCAGCUGGGCCCCCAAAGCCGAGGAGCCCAUCCAUGCCACCAUGGAUCCUCAGAGGCUGACCGUCCUUAUUACUUCUGUCCCUGACACCCAGGCAGCCACCCGGAGGCAGGCAGUGGGGCUGCUGGCCUUCCUCGGCCUCCUCUUCUGCCUGGGGGUGGCCAUGUUCGCCUACCAAAGCCUCCAGGGCUGCCCCCGAAAGGUGGCGGGAGAGAUGGUGGAAGGCCUUCGCUAUGUCCCCCGGAGCUGUGGCAGUAACUCAUACGUCCUAGUGCCAGUGUGAGCUGGCCACCUGCCUGUGUCCAGGCAUUUGAUUCAGACAGCUGCCUGGGGACCCCCAUCCUCAUACCCACCCUCACCCACGGGCCUGGCCUGAGCGGGGAUGAUGGCGACGGGGAGGCGGGGUCUCCUGGUGCGGCCUGCUCCAGGCCCCCAGCGUAGCCCUGGGGGGCCCGCCCUGACCCUUCCCAACCUAUGAGGGACAGAGGGGCGGUCUCCAACUCACCGCAACCGAGAACUCUCCUCUGCUGCUGGCUGGUCAGAGGUUCCCUUUGACACCGUCCCUGCCCCAGCGAACAGUUAUUUAUUGAACACCCGGCCCCCUCUGACCCUCCCUGUGAGGACUGCACACCUCAAGUGACAGGCCAGGCCCUGUCCCUCCCCAGACCUCUUGUGUCUCUUGGUCCUGCACUUGCCAGUCACCCCGGCCAGCUGCGGUGCUAUCUCCCCCUGUCCCUUGUACAGAGCCCGCCCCCACCGGGCUGCGUCUGUCUUGCAUGAGGCUAGUGUGGAGUUUCCCGGGCCUGCUCUGGGAGAAGCCGCUGGCAUGGCGGGGAGGGCAGAUGCCGUUAUUUAGUGGCGUGGAUGUCUUUCCUCCUGGGUCUCUGCUGUGCAGUGGCUGGGGUCCUGGCCCCAGCCCCACCCACUCACCCACCCACCUGCAAAAGGAAAGGGCUGGCAGACACUUGGCCUUGAACUGUACUGCUGACCCCUGACCUCUCGCGAGGCCCUCUCCCCAGCCCCUCCAUGCUGCCUGAGCCUCGUCCACAGAGCACCUAGGUCAGUCCCUGCCACUCCUGCCACCUGGGGGACCUGCAAAGGGCAGCUUGAUAGUUCAGGUCCUGCGCUGGGGGUCCCCAAGUGGGCUGGGCUGGGGGACCAGCAGGAGCAGAGGAAGGCCCUCCUCUCCCUGGCCAGGCUCUGCCCUGCCAGGAGGACCAGUGGGGGCGGGUAAUUGUCAACCCCCGCCUCACCCAGGAGGGCAGAGGCAGCCCACGAAGGAGCAGGGAAGUCGCUGGAGCACCUUCUCUGGGUGACUUGAGGGGCCAGGGCAGGGGGGCUCCCUGGGGUCCCGCCACCUCCCCCUGAAAGCCCCCGCCUCUGCAAGUUCUCCCUGGCCUUCGCAG